AUGCCCUCCAUUCUCAGUGACGCCGACAAGGAAACUGUCAAGCGGAAUGUCCCCAAACCCGCCAACAAGAUCCUCGCCGUAGCUGUCGCGCGACUUUACGUCGCCUACCCGGAUGGACAGAAAUGGACAUAUACCGGAAUUCAAGGGGCUGUUGUCCUUUGCAAUGACCUCGUGGGAAGGACUUUCUGGCUUAAAAUAGUCGAUGUCUCGCCCGCUGGCAGGGGCGUGAUCUGGGAUCAGGAGAUUUAUGACAACUUCUCUUACAACCAGGACCGAACCUUCUUUCAUACAUUCGAACUCGAAGCCUGUCCCGCCGGCCUGUCCUUUGUCGACGAGAAGGAGGCCAAGACCUUCAUCAAGAAGGUGCAUGAGCGCGAGAAACAUGCAAGUAAAGAGACCAUCAAGACUCCUUUCGCAUCUACCCGAGGCCAGGGACCUGCUCCCGUUACCAAUGGGAAAGUAGGACGGUCUUUGUUUGGCAGCUUGUUGCAUCGUUCGAACCCAGCUCCAAGUACACCAGCGCCGACAGCCCCUGCGCCUUCGAUACAGGUUGCUCCUCCACCCCCGAUGCUGUCCCCAAACCCGCCACCAGCUAAGCCAGAUUUACCAUUUGAUACGAGUGACCCCUCUUGGAAAGGGCUGCUGGAUGAGCUUAAGGGGAUGGGAAUUACCGAAGACCAAAUUGCCGAGAAUUCCGAAUUCAUCAAAGCUUGGAUUGACCAGAAGCAGGCAGGGGCGGCCGAGUCUGCUCCUGCUGAGGAUCACAAUAAGCCGAAAGCUGCUCCUCCACCGCCACCUUCUGCACCUCCCGCUCCGAAAGUAACCUCGAUCAGUCCCCAAGACACAGGUUCCAGCUCGACAAGCAGACGGGGACCACCGCCGCCGCCGCCGUCACGGAAGACACGUUCUGAAGCACCAGAAGAACCGGUUUCCCUCCCCCCUCGUGAGCCAUCUCCGCCUGCGCGACGAUUCAAUGCGCCGCCUCCAUUUGCAGACGCAGGAAAAUUCGCAGAGCCCGCCGGCCCUGUACCUCCUCGGCGUCCACGCGCGAUUUCGAACGUCAAUGCAGGGCCUCCGCCGCCCCCGCGACCACCAAAGACACCGAUGGACGAUAGCCAAUACAAUCAAUCGAGUCAAUCUCGAUUUGGGGUACCCCCGCCUUUCUCUGGUGACCGCAAGGUGUCUGCACCACCGGCACCCCCCAGCCGUAGCCCUGCACCAGGUGGCCCUCCCCCUCCGCCGCCUCGCACAGCAAGCCCAGCAGCACCACCUCAACUGCCUCCCAAAGUGCCGCCCAUGGCCACUACAACUGGACCUCCUCCUCCACCCGCCAGAGGCCCUAUUUCACCUCCACUUCCACCCCCCGCCAGCGCCCCGGCCUGUGCCAGCUGCACCAUCUCAUGCAGCAGCUCCUCCUCCUCCUCCACCAAGAGGACCAGUUUCACCUCCCCCCCGCCCCGCCCUCGGCACCUACCGCCUGUUUCGGGGGCACCUGGUGGACCACCGCCGCCGCCUCCACCGCCUGGGGGUGGAGGUGGUGCUCCUCCUCCACCUCCACCCCCUGGCGGUGCUGCGCCACCCUUGCCAAAGCCCACCGGUGGGCACACCGAUCUGCUAGCAUCCAUCCGAGCUUCUGGUGGCCAUGGAGGCGGAGGCUUGCGCAAGGUCAAGGAUACGGAAAAGAACGAUCGAAGUAAAGCUAUGGUACCCGGUGCUGCUAACGAGUCGUCGGCCACAAGCCCCAAUGCAGGAGGCGCCCCACAAGGUGGCUUGGCCGGCGCAUUGCAAGAUGCUCUCAACAAGCGGAAACAAAGAGUCAGCGGAAGUGAUGACGAGAAAGACAACGACGACGAUUGGUGA